AUGCUAUCUAUCCUCACCAUCGUCGCUAGCGCGCUGGCCCUCUCAAGCGUGGCAUACAGCGCCCCCGCUGAACUCGCCCCCUCCAAUGGCACCGCCACGGUCUCAAACUACACUGUAUACUACGAGUGUAACCCAUCCAACCUGAAGUGGGCCGAAAUCAAGAACAUCCAGAUCGGCCGCGAUUAUCUAAACGGGCUCCCGGGCAAGGCCAAAAUCGCCGGAGGCAAGCACUGCGACCGCGUCAGCUGCUCGUAUAACUCGGCCAUUUUCUACUGCAACGACGAUGAUAACGAGAAGGAGGUCGAGUGGGAGAGGCUCGCCGAAUUCACCUCACUGCUUCUUGACAAGUGUGGUGAUAAGAGCGUGGUGAAGGGCAGGGUGUUCGAUAGGCCUAACUGGCAUACUGAGGUUCAGGGUGAAGCUUGCUAAGGGUGGCGGGGUGAAGUAGUUGGGUGUUAAGUAACACAGGGACGAGCAUAGACUUGUAGUUUCGCGCGGAGCCGCGACUGAAUGCAUUUGCGCUGGUUUAGCACGGUUUCUUGAGAGUGGUAUUUUAUUACAAGAACUGUGAUUGUCCAUUUCGUGUCGUG